AGGGGCUAGGACCCCAUGCAGCUCCCGGAGGGACACCGUGGAAGGGAAGAACCCCUUUUCCAGGGGCGGAUGAAUUGGGGAGCGCUCUACACACCGCUCACUGCGGACCGUAGUAACGGCCUCUUUGCACCUCACUGCCAUCAAAUCCCUGCACAUGCUCAUGAGCCCCCACGACCCAGAGGGAGCACUGUUGUGGACGGGGACGACCAUGGAGUCGCCCCUUUAAAUCCUGGACGCCCCGCCUGCUCCCGCCCCCUUGCCCUCGAGGGAGAAAGCCCCGCCUUCCCGCCCCAAACUGGAGCCGAUUGGCUUCUAACAGGCGCAAUGAGAUCCACCGAGCCCUCUGAGGCCCCGCCCACUUCUCUGACCCCGCGGGACUAGAAGGCACAGGAGCAAUUGCACUGCUCGGACUCCAGCGGAAACCACGCCCCCUCCGAUCCUUAAAGGGCCAGAAGCAGCUCCUACUGCUCCUGCCCUUCCGCACUUUUGGGGGGCAGGGUGCGCAGGCGCAGUGGGGGACCUCGGGUGGGGGUAGUGGUCGAGUAUCAAGUUGCUCUCUGUCCCGGCAGAAGAAGCCAGAGCGCUGACCAUCCAGGCUCCAGCUUGCUCCCCGCUACAUCAAUUGGAGGGGAAAAGUUUGUGAAUUGGGCCUCCAAGUUUUGGGGGAUCCGGGCUUGCGGCGAGGGGUGACAGAAAAGGUUCGUGGAAGGGGCCCCCAUUAGCCCCCCCCCCCCCCAUGGAGCUCACCCAGCCUUCAGAGGACCUCAGCCUGACCCAGCAGCCUCCCACCCCAGAAUUUGGGGAACCUGAAGACCCCAGGGAUGAGGCCCAGGACGGCUCAGACACAGUGGUGCUCAGUCUCUUCCCCUGCACCCCAGAGCCUGGGAAUCCUGAACCAGAUGCUGGCGCCUCUUCGCCUCAGGGCAACUCCCUAAAGCACUCCACGACCCUCACCAACCGGCAGCGGGGGAAUGAGGUCUCGGCCCUGCCAGCCACCCUGGACUCCCUGUCCAUCCACCAGCUUGCAGCCCAGGGAGAGCUGAGCCAGCUGAAGGAGCAUCUGAGGAAAGGUGUGUGUCUACACCCAUGUGCUUGUCUGACCUCGUGUGCUGCUUUGGGGAGAGUGGGCAGGGGUGCAGCCCAGUGGUACCACCCCCUCCUGCCAGGCGACAACCUCAUCAACAAGCCGGACGAGCGUGGCUUCACCCCCCUCAUCUGGGCCUCAGCCUUCGGAGAGAUAGAGACCGUCCGAUUCUUGCUUGAGUGGGGUGCCGACCCCCACAUCCUGGCCAAGGAGCGGGAGAGCGCCCUGUCACUGGCCAGCACAGGUGGCUACACAGACAUCGUGGGGCUGCUGCUCGAGCGUGAUGUGGACAUCAACAUUUACGACUGGAAUGGAGGGACGCCACUGCUCUAUGCCGUGCGAGGGAACCAUGUGAAGUGCGUGGAGGCCUUGCUGGCCCGAGGAGCUGACCUCACCACUGAAGCUGACUCUGGCUACACCCCAAUGGAUCUCGCUGUGGCUCUGGGAUACCGGAAAGUGCAACAGGUGAUCGAGAACCACAUCCUCAAGCUCUUCCAGAAUAACCUGGUGCCCGAUGAUCCUGAGUGAAGGCCACCCACCCCACAGGGACUCAGACUCUCAGGGAACAAAGCGGUCGACCCAGAGUUGGGGGAACCCAGAACUGGCUUCAAAGGCAGCUCCUGGACAGAUGGUGGGAGGGAUCCUUCCCAGCAGAAAUCAAUAAACCUGUGCAGAACUUGAA